AUGAAAUUGUUGGUGGUACUCGGUUUAGUCGUGGUGGUGUCGGCUGCGCCCCAAGCUCAAAGGCAGGUGCCCAGCGCAAACCCACAAGAGGUACAAAUUCUUCGGUUCGAUACUGAAAAUGAUGGACUCGGGACUUAUAGAUUUGCCUUGGAACAAAGUGAUGGCACCAAAAAGGAAGAACAAGGGGAACUGAAGAACGCUGGAACCGACGACGAGGCUAUCUCUGUCAGGGGAUCCUACACCUGGGUUGGCCCAGAUGGCGUUACCUACACCGUGACAUACGUAGCUGAUGAUAAAGGCUAUCAACCAACAAUCGAGCAGGGUCCAGGAGGCGCUAUACCCCCUGGCGUCGUUGCUUCUCUUAUCGGCUAA